CUGCGCGGCGUGUCCCUCGGCGGCGCCCGUCGCGUUGCCGUGGCAGCGGGCGAUGGCGCGGGGCUGGGCCCCGGAGCGCUGGGCCGCGGAGCGGCGGCGGGAGCUGGAGGCGCGCAGCCGGCAGCAGUGGGAGCGGGUCAGCCGCUCCUUCGCCCGGGACGCCAUUUGCUGCUCCCAGCAGGCGCGGUGGAGCGAGCCCAGAGCCCUCCCGAGGCCCAGCCCCGCGGCCGUGCGGCGGGAGGAGGCGGCGGCGCGGCUGGAGGAGCGGCGGGCGCGGCUGCGGCGGCUGCUGGGCGAGGAGCGGGAGGCGCUGGCGGCGGAGCUGCGGGAGCUGCGGGAGCUGCGGCGGGACGGCGGGGCCGAGCUGGCCGGGAUGCGGCAGCGGAGCGAGGAGCUUCGAGCCGGGCGGGAGGAGCGGAGGAGGAAGGUAGCGGAGCAGCUGCUGUACGAGCGCUGGAGGAGAAACACCCCUGAGCUGCGGGAGGUGGAGUCAGAGCUGCACAGGAAGCAUGUGGUGGAGGCUUGGGGUGACCAGAUACUGCAAAAAGCCAAGCAAGAAGCAGCUGAACUCGAAGAGAAACAAUGUUACGAAAAGGAGUCUGAAGUGGCCCGGAGGGAAGGGCUGGAAAGGAUGAGGCAGGAGGAAGAGCAGCGCCGGCUGGAAGAGAAGAAGCAAGCAGAGGUGUUGCUUCAGCAAAUAGAAGAACUGAAAUUACAGGAGGCAGAGGCAACAAAGCUGAAAAAAGAACAAGAGAAUUUAUUAAAGCAGCAGUGGGAGCUGGAAAACUUGGAGGAAGAAAGAAAACAAAUGGAAGAGCAACGGAAGAAGAAAGAGCUUGGUCGCAUUUUGAGGCAUCAGUGUGAUGUCCAGCUGCAGAGACGAGCCCAGCAGAUACAGGAGGAGCUGGAGGCAGACCGGAAAAUCCUGUCAGCUCUCCUGGAGGAAGAGGAGGAGGAUCAGAGCCUCCGGUCCGCGCGGCGGGAACGAGCCGUCGCCGACGUCGCCUGGAUGAAACGUGUCAUUGAGGAACAGCUCCAGUUAGAAAAGGAGAGGGAGGCUGAGCUGCAGACUAUUUUUAGAGAAGAAGCUAAAAAAGUGUGGGAGAAGAGAGAAGAAGAAUGGGAAAGAGAGAAGGCGGCCAGAGAUUGCCUGAUGACUGAGGUCCUUGCAGGCAGGCAGCGCCAGAUCCAAGAGAAGAUGGAGUUAAACAGACGAGCCCAAGAGGAGUCUAUAAAGUACCGAGAGCAGCUGAUUAAAGAGCUCGAAGAGGCAAAGGAACUGAGGAGGCGGGAGAAGCAGCAGGAGGAGGAGCUGAAGGCAGCCCGCAGGCAGGAGCUGGAGGCGCAGCUGACGGAGCGCCGGGAGCGGCGGCGGGAGGAGCAGCAGCGGCGGCGGGAGGAGGAGGCGGCGGAGCGCGGGGCGCGGCAGCGCAGGGACGCGCGGGUGCGGCAGGAGGCGGCGCUGCUGGCGCGGCAGGGACAGCGCGGCAGGCUCUACAGUUACCCCAGAGCAGCCUGGACCUGAAUGUUUCUGUCCUUCACACCUGAGGAACAAGCACUACAUGCAGCUGCAGACUACAGAAAGAAAACUUGGAAGAAUCAAAGAACUCCUGGAAUAGUGGUGGCUUUGGAAUGGCCUACAAUGACACUGAGGCUCAGUACAGCUCAAAACACUGAGCUGUGGCCCAGCUGAACACAAGAACCAAUUUCUACUGCCUUUGAAGGCAGAGGGGGUGAGCAUCCCUGGAGGACUGAACUGCUUCAGUGCUCCCAGUUCAGAGCUGUAAAAUACAUCAGAUGAUGUAUUUAAGUACACGCUGCACUGGGGCAACACAGCAAAUAACCAGACCCUUUGGAUCCACACCCUGAGACUCUGUGCCUCCCAUGGAGCAGGAACUGUAACCACAACGUGCUGUGUUUGCUGCCGAGGUGUCCUGCUCCUACCUUGGAGAAGCAGGACCUGCCCAGAGGCCAACUAGCUUUUAGUUCAUAACCCACUGCAAACCAGUAGGAGAGAUACCAUGUGCUGUAGCAGCAAUCCUUAAUGUGUCCAGUUCCUCUCCAGAAGGUGCUGAAAGACUUCAUUAAGUGCUUUUGGUUGUGGUUUUUUUUUUUUAAAACUUAUUUCAUAAAUAAUGAGUAAUUGCAACCUGAACAACCAUUUGUUUCUUUACCUUAACGAACUGCUGCAAGAGGAAGGGAAUUUUAGUGGAUUAUUGCACUUGACUCCUUGAUGUUAGUGUUGCCAAUCGCAGCUUAAAACCAGUCUGUGUGUUCAGAUCCUGUCAGCCCAAAUAACUUCUCACACUGAAAGGGUUUUAGCAUUUUAUAGUAAUACUGUAAACAAAAGAUUAAUUUGAAAUAUUGUACAGACAGAAUGACACUGAUAAAUACAAGUUUUGGAAAACAGCAAAAAAAAAUCUGUUCAUUUCCUGUGCAGCAUUUUGUAGAGAGCGAGUUUGUUUUGAGGGGAAAAAGAGGAGAUCUAGUCAUAAAAGGAAAAAAAAAACAAACAGCUACCUGUGUAAUGUCAGGUACUAGAGCUCUCCUGCCUGCAGUGCUGUCUGAUCUGAGGGCUGGUCUGGGUGCUGCUCUUUAGUUCCACCCUGGGUCAGCAAACUGCCCGGCCUCCAUCGCAGCCACCGCGUGACCACAACCAACCUGCAACAAACGUUUGUUGGGAGGUGGGGGAACUGGCCAGUAACUGUUCCAGUGACAGAACAGGAAAGCUGUUGUGGCUUGGCCACGUUUUUACAGUAAAAUCAUUGAUUUUUGAGGAUCUGGAGCUCAGGUAACUGGGCCAAGGGUUUGCAGUUACCAAAGUGUCUGUUCUGGCACAGAGGCAAGUUGAAACAACUGGUAACUGACACAUAACUGGGGGUUACCCUGGGGAUCAGGCAGGAUAUGUAAAAGAAAUGCACACAAUGGGGUCCCGAGAGGUUUAAAAAUACCAUCUUCUGCCUUGCUGUGAUCCAAGCGAAGGAAAAGUUCCUAGAUGAUGAUCAAUGUAUUUAAUUGCCAGUUCUCUGUUCUAGUAUAAUUCUCAAGUAGGUUUUACAAAAGUCCUUUGCAGUUCUAAUCCCAGCCUGCCUGCAUUCUUGUGAGCCUGGAGACAGUGCUGGAAGUCAGAAGAGCAGAAAGGAAAUAAAAAAAAAACCAACACACUGAAGAACAUUAAUUUAACAUACUGGGUUGUCAUCUACUCCUUCAACCUUGCACUGCUUUAAAAAGGGAUCUAAUGACAACCUACAAGAAUCCAACAUUAUGGCACUUGGUGUUCAUAUAUACAGACAAACACUCUGAUUUGAAAAUGAACCAGCCACUGAACUCUAGUUCUUUUUUUGUUCACCUAAAUAUGGCAGAUUUUCACCAGAAAGCCUUGAAGAGUUCGUGGUUUGGGCAGCCCACAUGCUGCAGCCCUGCUGUGGAAGAACAGAUCAUCAUUCCUGACUCAGGGGUUUCUGUGAAAACUGUCUCCACGUUCCCAUCAGCUGGUGCCUGGUGACAGGCUCUGCAGUGACAACCCUUGCCCUUAAUGACACAUUAAACACCACAGCCAGCUCCUUCAAAAUGACAACAUGCCAGAUGGGACCCAGGCAGAGGCAAAAAUCAGGGAUUUUUUUUUUUUUUUACGUCCACAGAAUUUAGACUCUCCCAACCCUCUCAUUUUUGAAACUAUGGACUGACACAUUUUCAGAAGUUUUGUGAACUGUUAUGAAUGACAAAAACUGAAACACAGACAGACAUUUGUCACCCACCCACCUUCUGACAGGCAGCCUGGCAUGGGUUACUCCCUAUGGAACUUACAAAACUUUGAAAGAUUUGCAGAAAACUUACUAGAGAUCAGAAAUCAUUUCACAUUUGGAUAUGUUGAGGUACAGAGGUUAUGUGCUAUGGCAGACACAGCUGCAGUUGCACUGGCACUCUUCUAACUUCCUUUUUUGUUUGUUUUAAUUAUCACAGAAAUCUUGAGUGAAAUUGCAUCUUGAGUUUCUGAGCUGCAAACAAGAUGGUUCUGAGCU